AUGGCAAAUGGUGAGAAGAGGUUGAUUCCAGAGGACAGAAUGGAAAAAAGAAAAGUUUCUAAACGGCGACAAACGGGCACAACAGCGAAAGACGAUAUUGAGUUAUUUCAAUCGCCGCCAAAUUCGCCGCUAUUAGCACCAAAAUCAUCACAUUUGACACCCUCCUUGGAGGCUCCAUCCCAACUACAAACACCUUUUUCUUCUCCUCCGUCUUCGCGCCCGUCUUCUCCUAAUCCUUCAGAUUCACCAUGUUUUACACCUUUGCCCAUUUCUCGUCCUUCGACUCCAUAUUUCAAAGAAACCAAUACUGAUGUCACGAUUAUAAGCAUAGUCUCCCGUGACCAUAAUUUUGUAGACGAAGAUUUUGUUAGAGAUUCAUUGUAUCAGCAGAAUUUAAAGAUUGUUUCUCAGCACUCAACUAUAAAUAUCAUUCAUAGCUCGAUACCUCCAUGUGCAAGGUGUCCUCCAGAAAUAAUAUAUCAUAUUUUUGAGAUAUUACGCAAUUUACACCAACCAUCUUUAUUCUCUUGCAUUCUUGUCAAUCAUCAAUGGAACGCCAUAGGAGCUAAUGUUCUUUGGA